GCUUUGGCUUUAACAGUUCUUCAAAAUGGGUAAAAAGGUGAAAAUUGGAAAACAGCGUCGUGAUAAGUACUAUAAAUUAGCCAAGGAAGCAGGGUAUCGUUCCCGUGCCGCUUUCAAGUUGAUCCAGCUUAAUAAAAGAUUCGAGUUUUUGCAAAACUCUCGUGCUACUGUUGAUUUGUGUGCAGCUCCAGGAGGAUGGAUGCAAGUUGCAGCUCAGAACAUGCCAGUGUCGAGCUUGGUGAUAGGGGUGGAUCUGGUGCCGAUAAAGCCGAUUCAUAAUUGCAUCGCAUUGCAAGGGGACAUCACCACCGAGAAGACUAGGCAGGCUAUUAAGAAAGAGCUACAGCGCUGGGAGGCGGAUUGUGUGCUUCAUGAUGGUGCGCCAAACGUUGGUCUCAACUGGGCUCACGAUGCUUUCCAGCAGAAUUGUCUCGUUCUUUCUGCAUUGCGAUUAGCUACGCAAAUCCUCAAGAAGAAUGGUACCUUUGUCACAAAGGUUUUCCGAUCAAAUGACUAUUCUUGUUUGAUCACGGUGUUCGAAAAACUGUUCAAAAAAGUCCAUGUUUGGAAGCCAGCUGCUUCCCGACUAGAGUCAGCUGAGAUUUUUGUUGUAUGCGAAAAAUAUCUGAAACCGCCCAAGGUGGCACCAGAAUUGCUUGAUCACAAAAAAGUGUUUUCUGAGCCCGAUGGUCAUGAAGCGCAUAAACCAAAUCCCCAAACGCUUUUGGUCGGGAAGAAAGAGAGGAAAGCUAAGGCAGAAGGUUAUGAGGAGGGCAUGCUAUCAGUGCAUAAGAAAGUCGAUGCAACGACGUUCAUCCAAGCUCAUGAAUAUCUUGAAGUGCUGGGCGGAGCAAAUGAGAUUGUUCUUGAUCAAGAGAAAUGGAAGAAUGCACCGGAAACCACUGAGGAGAUUCGCGAAUACUUGAAAGACCUGAAAGUUUGUGGCCCACGAGAACUGCGCAAACUUCUGAAAUGGAGAAAGUCGAUGAGAGCCAUUUUGGAAGAGGAAUUGAAAGCUUUAGAAGAAGAACUUGGUGAAGAAAAUGUGCCUGAAGCAGAAUUGAAUGAAGACGAGAUUGAAGACAAAGAAAUGGCAGAAAUUGAUGAAAUGAUUGCCCGAGCUAGUGAAGAGGAACGUGCAGCAUUGAAGAAGAAGAAAAAACGGCUAUUGAAAGCAAAGGCCAAGAUCAUAAGAAGACGUCAGCUUAAAAUGAUCAUCGAAGGCGACCACGCUGAUCAAGUGGAAGAUAUCGAAUUGUUCAGCCUAAAAAAGAUUCGCAGGGCACGAGAACUGAACAAGUUGACUGCAGACAACGUCGGAACGGCUGAGGAUGAUCGAGAAGAAGGUCUAGGAGACGGCGAAUGGGAGACGAGAGAAGGCGAAGGUUCCGAUGAUGAAGAGGAAGACAAACAUGAGAUUGUGGAGGAAUCCAGCGAUGAGAGUGAUAACGAACUCAUCCACACAGAAGAAAGUGGUCUGAAUAAGGCACAGAAGAAAGAGACAAGGGCGGAUAAAUGGUUCCAGAAGGAAGAAAUUGCUGGGUUGCUGUCUGAUGAGGAUGACGAUGACGAUAUGGACGUGAUCGAAAAGCACAUGAAACGGCAAAGUAAAAACAUCCACGCGAAUACAGUAAGCUUCGAUGAUGAAAUGUCCGGUAAGCGAGGCAAGAAAAGAAAAGGUGGAGACGAUGACAAUGAUGGAUUCGAUAAUGACUCCAAGAAGAAUGGCGGUGCUGAGGAUGAUGAAAAUGAUGUUGAAGAUGAGGAGGAAGGCAAAUCAAAGUUUGCUGCUGAAAUGGCAUGGGAGGAGGAGGAGUUUGAAGAGGGAGAUAAUAGAGCAACUAAGCGAGAAGCCUCCAAGACCAUAUUAGGAGAGGAUUUAAAACCUAAAGCAAAGAAACGACGGUUAACACCAGAGCAACUGGCCCUUGGAGAGCAGUUAAUAUAUUCUGGUAAAUCCGCGAGAGAAGUGGAAGAGUGGGGUUGGAACAGAUAUACUAACAACGAUGAAGGGCUCCCGGACUGGUUUGUCGAAGAUGAAAGGAAACAUUACCGCAAGCAACUACCUGUCACAAAGGCCCAAGUCGAGGAGUAUAAAAAACGUCUACGUGAACUGAACGCUCGCCCUGCUAAGAAAGUUGCCGAAGCGAAAGCCAGAAAGCAGAGGAGAGCUUUGCGAAGGAUGCAAGCUGCGAAGAAGAAGGCUGAAGGUGUACUGGAAAACGAGAAUCUUGAACACGCUGAAAAAGUUCGAGAAAUGAAGAAAAUAUAUGCCUCAGCUAACAAAAAAGAAAAGAAGAAGACUGAGCUUGUAGUUAUGACUAAAGGAAAGAAGGGGAAGAUGUCAAGGCCGAAUGGUCGAUAUAAGUUGGUGGAUCGCCGAAUGAAGAAGGAUCUACGUGCGAUGAAAAAUAAGGAGAAGACGAAAGGACGAGGGAAGAAGGCCCGUACUGGAAGUAGGCGUCAUUAAAUGGUCUCUGUCUCAGCUGGUAAAGCUUCAGAUGCCCUAGUUCUCUGUUGUUUGUGCAUCGUUAUGCUUCUGUUUCUUCCCCCCCCCCCCAAAAAAAGCGUGUGAAAUUGUUGUUCUUGUUGUUGAUUGUUGAAUUGUUGUUGAAAAGUCUAGUGUGCACUGUU